UACUGCUCCACAAUAGAGGGCGCCUUUAAGUAUACCUAAAUUGGUUUUCCAAAAAAUACAUAAGGUUAGCAAUCUGUGGUUAUAGGCAUAACUUGUCUUAUCUGUACCAUGGAUCGUUAUACCUUUGUAAAACAAAAAAAAACACAAAUUGUAGACGUUUUACAAACUUCGAAAAAUAUGUGCGAUAAUUGUGGCAGUUGCGAAGCUUGCGACUUAAAAAGAAGUCACAAAUCCAUCAACAUCCUCGCCAAUUCCGACGAAACCGGCGACUUGCAUCACAAGUGGAAGCUCACCUACUUCCCCUUCAAGGCUCUGGCGGAACCAAUCCGUUUCCUUCUCCAUUACUGCGAGAUUCAAUUCGACGACAUUCGCAUUCCGCGAAGCGAAUGGGACGGUCACAAAGAAAGUAUGCCGUUCGGCCAAGUCCCCGUCUUGGAGGUCAACGGGCUGCAGAUGAACCAAAGCUUGGCGAUUUGCCGCUUCUUGGGCAAACACGCCAAUCUGACCGGCGCGAAUGACUUAGAAGAUCUGGAAAUUGACGCACUGGCCGAUACUAUUAACGAUCUUCGAAUCAAAAUCGCCCAAUACCACUACGAGACGAAUUCCGAAAUAAAGGAAAGCCGCAAGGCGACGCUGGAUAAGGAAACGGUUCCAUUCUACUUGAACCGUCUCGACAAGAUCGCGGGCAAGAACGGCGGGCACCUUGCACUUGGAAAGCUGACUUGGGUGGACAUAUACUUCGUGGGUCUUUUGGAUUAUAUGGGCUAUAUGCUGGGUAAAAGCCUGACGGAAGAUUGUCCCAAUUUAAAGAUCGUGGAAAAUAACGUGCUCGCUAUAGCUUCCAUUAAGAAGUGGAUCGAGGAGCGCCCCGCCACUGACUUUUAAAGUCCCAGGGCAAUAGUUUGUUAAUAGUUCAACAUUUGUUUCUUUCUUGGUUCUUGGUGUAUAAAACUGUUGCAAUAAAUUACUAUUUACAUUUA